UACUUCCCCCGUUCAACCAAACAAGCACUAAAUAACUUGAAAAACAUUCCUCAGAUCCAAAUUCCAAACUCAAAGUCCUAUUCUAUUCUCAAUCGAAUACAUAAAUGAACAAUUAUAAAUAGCACUGCCUAAACAUAUUCCUCCUAACUCUUCCCCUCUUUGGUUCCACAGCUCUGAACACACACAAACACACACUACACUUAAAAAUGGCUAACGACGAUUUCUCCGGCGCGUCACUCCCAUCCCCAGGCACAGACGCAUCCAGACGGCGCGUGGUAUACUUCUACGAACCCACAAUCGGCGACUACUACUACGGCCAAGGCCACCCAAUGAAACCCCACCGUAUUCGCAUGACCCACAAUCUCAUCGUUCACUACAAUCUCCACCACAGGAUGGAGAUCAUCAAUCCUUUUCCGGCGGGCCCCGCUGACAUCGGGAAGUUCCAUUCGGCCGAUUACGUGGACUUUUUAGAGUCAGUGACGCCGGAGUCAUUACAUGAUCAUGAGCAUGCUAGACACUUGAAGAAGUUUAAUGUGGGGGAAGAUUGUCCCGUGUUUGAUGGGAUGUUUAGUUUUUGUCAGGCGAGUGCUGGUGGGUCGAUUGGAGCUGCGGUCAAGUUGAAUUUGCGGGAUGCGGAUAUUGCGAUUAAUUGGGCUGGGGGGCUUCAUCAUGCGAAAAAGUCGGAGGCUUCUGGGUUUUGCUAUGUUAAUGAUAUUGUUCUGGGAAUUCUUGAGCUGCUUAAGAUACAUAAGCGUGUGUUGUAUAUAGAUAUUGACAUUCACCAUGGAGAUGGUGUAGAAGAGGCAUUUUAUACAACAGAUAGAGUAAUGACUGUGUCUUUCCAUAAAUAUGGGGAUUUCUUUCCUGGAACCGGGCACAUUAAAGACGUUGGCCAUGGUCAGGGCAAGAAUUAUUCCCUUAAUGUGCCACUGAAUGAUGGCAUUGAUGAUGACAGUUUUCGGGAACUAUUUCGACCAGUAAUUCGUAAAGUCAUGGAUGCUUACCAACCGGAAGCAGUUGUUCUGCAAUGUGGAGCUGAUUCAUUGGCUGGUGACAGGUUGGGAUGCUUCAACUUGUCCGUAAAAGGUCAUGCUGAUUGUCUACGAUUCCUCAGAUCUUUUAAUGUUCCUCUAAUGGUUCUGGGUGGGGGUGGGUAUACAAUGCGGAAUGUGGCCCGAUGCUGGUGCUACGAGACAGCAGUUGCAGUUGGGGUGGAACCUGACAAUAAAUUGCCUUUCAAUGAAUACUUCGAGUACUUUGGCCCAGAUUACACACUUCAUGUGCGACCGACUCCUGUUGAGAACCACAACUCACCCGCUGAUCUGGAGAAAAUCAGGAAUCUUCUCCUUGAACAGAUUUCUAGAUUAACUCACACGCCCAGUGUACAGUUUCAGACAGCACCACCGGUCACCAGAGUUCCAGAACAGCCGGAACAGGGGAUGGAUAUUAGACCUAAACCCCGUAUAUGGACCGGGGCCAGCGAGGACUGUGAAUCUGAUGCUGAAGCUUGAAUGCUGAUCCAAGUUUAGGUCAUAUGUUGACGCGAGGGAUGUUGCAGCUGCAUGUGAGGAAAUGCUAUAUAACGCGCAUCCACAUUGCUAAAUCUUUAAAUCUGAAUCGCAUCCUGCAAAGAAAUUUUAAAUCACAAGAUAUUAAUAUUUGCAGCAGCCGUGUCAUCAGUUAUACUUGUGAUGUUCUUAAUCCUUCUGUAGAAUUUCGUUAAGAGGUGGAAAUUUCACUUGCACAUGCCAUGUAAAAAUCUUUUGUAGCCAGCAAGGGUUAGACAACUAAUAUUUAGAACAUAGGCAUCUUAACUUGCAAGGUUACUGAGAUCUAUGGAGUUCUAUCUCCUGGAAGUUCUAUUCAUUAGUGCAAUAUACAAAGAGUUGUAGGUUCAA